AUAUACAAUAAUGUCAUGUAUUCUAUACGUUCAGUCGAGACAUCAGAGGUAGUGAAGUAAAAUUAAAGUGAUCUUAUUUACAGACAUUUAUAUUGCCUUUUGUGCUGUGUUACAAAAAUUCCUCCAUAGCUAAGUUGGACAUCGCCCUUGAUACUUGUUGCCGGUGUCAUUCAUUUUUUUUUUAACUUCACCUGUUGACCUAAUUCAGGAUUGUACACGUGCGAUAAUGUGGUCAUGAAUGGAAAAUUGUCUAAAGGUUGUUGUUUUGGGCGGGGAGUCCGUGGGCAAAACAAGCCUCAUUCUGGUCAAGACCAAACACAAGUUCCCAUAUCGGAAAAUCCCUCACUUGGCGGAUCCAACAAUUGUCAGGACUCGGAUUGACGGGAAAUCCUACACCUAUUCUGUAUGGGAUACGAAAAAGAUUGAGGAGUGUGAGCAGCUUCACUCCCCCGCCCCCAGUCUGACGUCAGACGUGUUCGUGUUGUGUUUCUCGGUGGAGGACCGACAUUCUUUCAGCUCGAUGGUACAGAAAUGGCUGCCUCGACUCAAGGUCAGCUUCCCCUACGUCCCCGUGGUUCUGGUGGCCUGUAAGACCGAUCUUCGGUCAUAUCCCUCAGUUUCAGCAACAAAUCACGUGACCUAUGCGGAAGGAAGCGAGGUGGCGGAUCAACAUAAUUGUUUGUAUUGCGAGACCAGCGCUCUUUUGUCUGAGGGAGUCACAGACUGCUUUAACUUAGCUGUCAGGUAUGCCGAUUUGAACCUUGACAAGGGAGAGAACUCCGCAUCUGACUGUUUUUGUAUACCUGGUAGAUCCCGUUCUAACAUCCACGUGCAAAUGGUCCGACCACCAGAAAUUCCUCCAGAUUUUGAAGUCGAAUCUUCAACGUUUUCUGAGGAAUGGUUACAGACUCUGUUGGAUGGCAAGCAUUUUGACGUCACAUUUCUAGUACAAGAACACCCUUUUAGUGCUCACCAGGUUAUUCUGUGUGCAGCCUCAGGAUUUUUCUGUAGAUUGUUUCAAACAGAAAAUAUAUUUACUAGUAUACCUUCUCCAGUGUCAUCUUUCUCUCGGGAUAAGAAAUCCAGACACUCCACUGUUCAUAUCGAUAGCUCUGUUUCACCGGAAGUGUUCAGGAUUCUAUUGGAGUUUCUCUAUACUGGUUCUGUGUUUCAACAUUAUGAAGAGGAAGAGAGACGGGAACUAGCCAUGGAUCUGAUCAAUGUUGCUAGGAUGUUUGAAUUGAUUGAACUAAAAUGCAUUUGUGAAAACAUUCUGAACGAAAGAGAAUAUUUGAAUCCCAGCCUCUGUAGCACAAUUUGUGAUCGGACAGGACGUAGAAUGAGAGACUUGUUCCUGAAUUGCGUGGACACUGCGGACGUGGUGUUUAUAGUCAAAGGUAAAAGACUAUAUGCCAAUAAAGUUGUGCUUUCAACUAGAUGUGACGUCAUGACUAGAAUGUUUUCAGGGAACUUUAUAGAAUCGAAAUCCGAAUUGACGGAAAUAGAAAUCCCGAAUAUGACAACCGAAAGUUUUCUGUUGUUUCUGGAAUAUUUGUACUCUGAUCAUGUGAAUUUUGAUAGUGCUGAUGUGUUUGAGGUGUUAAAAAUAGCGGACAUGUACUCUCAGAAACGGCUGAUGACGAUAUGUGAAUACUGUAUAGCACAGAAAGCCAGAUUAUGGACGUUAAAGAAAAGGACAGAUCUUGUGUUCCAAAUGUUACUGUGUGUUCAGCCAUUUCACACCGUGAACCUAGUUUCUUGGUGUUUGUUCGAGCUCUCCAAGAAUGUUGACAAAGUUAAAAACAAUAGGGAAUACUGUAAACUUACAGAGGAGAACAGGAGGAUCCUAGAGUCCCGGGGGUCAUCACAAGGGGACAAAGCCCAGGGGUCACAGUUCGACCCUCACACUGCAGAAAGAAGUACAUGUGUGAUCCUUUGAACAGGCGAAAGCAUUAUGACUCCCGUCUCUAUAGGAACAGGGAAGGAGAAUCUACUGCGACUGGGGGCAGGAAGGAUGGUGAUCUUGGUUUUUUUUUUAAAAAUUAUAUAUAAGAUGUCUCGGAAAGGGCAGCUCAAUAUUAAUGGAAUAGUUCAUAUUUGUACAUGUACGAGUGGAAUGGAUGUUUAAUGGA